CUCCUGCCUUUAUGCCACAGUCUCACGCCGAGCUUGACCAGUCCCUUACAAAGAAGUCAGAUCGUCUUCCCGAUAUUAUGGAGCUGGGAUAUGGCAGGGAAGUCACCUGAAAAACAUAUAUCAGGCGGAGGCCUUGUUCCACCACUCUGGCACACAUCUCCCCUGGCCUCCAAGUGCUCCCCAGCCCAACCCACAUCUCUCUGCAGGGGAGUUCAGCAGACCGCUUAAUUGCCUCCGGGCCCGCCCCUGCUCCCUCGGAGUAGCUCCAUGCACUGAGCAUCCUCGGCUGCAAAGAAGCCCGCCCACCAGAGCCAUCAACCCCACACCCUGCCUGGAAAUUUAAAGGAGGCUGGAGCUGUGCAGGGAGAUUGGAGGCAUCCUGCAGGAGCCCAGCGCUGAGAGCAGAUCCACGCCGAGGAAGCAGCGGUAGAAUUAGAGGGACACCGAAGAAAUGAUGAACAAAAUGAAGAGGGAGCUGUGGUGUGUACUGCUGUUUUAUGGAGCAGCCUUCGCUUUACCCUGGCAGGAAAUCCACAUGCAAUUCAUAAGAAGAGCCAGAUCUUAUGGGACCUGCAGAGAUGAGAAAACGCAGAUGGUUUACCUGCACCACGAGUCAUGGCUGCGCCCCAUGAUCAGAAGCAACCGGGUAGAAUACUGCAGGUGCAACAGUGGCCAGGCGCAAUGCCACUCGGUGCCCAUCAAAGGUUGCAGUGAACCGAGAUGCUUCAAUGGGGGAACAUGUUGGCAGGCCUUGUAUUUCUCAGAUUUUGUCUGCCAGUGUCCUGAAGGAUUUGUUGGGAAACGCUGUGAAAUAGAUACCCGCGCCACCUGCUACAAGGACCUGGGUGUCACCUAUAGGGGCACAUGGAGCACAGCAGAAAGCGGGGCUGAGUGUGUCAACUGGAACAGCAGUGCGUUGAUCUGGAAACACUAUAAUGGGCGGAGGCGAGAUGCUGUCAAGUUAGGCCUUGGGAACCACAAUUACUGCAGAAACCCAGACCAAGACAGCAAGCCCUGGUGCUACGUCUUCAAGGCAGGGAAGUAUAGCCCGGAGUUCUGCAGCACACCUGCCUGCACCCAGGAAAAUGGGAACUGCUACAUCAAAAAUGGGUUAACAUAUCGUGGCACCCACAGCCGUACCAUGUCUGGUGCCUCCUGCCUCAAGUGGAACGCCAAGGUCCUGCUGAGCGCGAAGCACACAGCGAGGAUGACUGAUGCCCGGGCGCUGGGUCUGGGCAACCACAAUUACUGCCGGAACCCAGAUGGGGAUGACAGACCUUGGUGCUACGUGCUGAAGGACCUCAGGGUGAUGUGGGAAUACUGCAACGUGCCCCAGUGCUCCACCUGUGGCCUGAGAAAAUACAAGCAAACUCAGUUCCGCAUUAAAGGAGGACUCUUCACGGACAUCACCUCUCAUCCAUGGCAGGCUGCCAUCUUUGUCAAGAAGGGGUCAAGAGAGAACUUUGUGUGUGGGGGUAUGCUGAUCAGUUCCUGCUGGGUCCUGUCUGCUGCCCACUGCUUCCUGAACAGGUCUUCUCAGGGCCUUAAGGUGGUCUUGGGCAGAACGUACCGGUUGGUCCCUGGAGAGGAGGAGCAGACAUUCAAAGUAGAAAAGUACAUUAUCCAUGAGAAAUUUGAUCCUGAGACCUACGACAAUGACAUUGCUCUUCUGCAGCUGAAAUCAGAGUCACCCCACUGCACCCAGGAGAGCGAUGCUGUCCGCACUGUCUGUCUCCCAGAAGCCAACCUGCAGCUGCCUGACUGGACAGAAUGUGAGCUGUCUGGCUACGGCAGGCAUGAAGAGUUUUCUCCUUUCUAUUCUGAGCGCCUGAAGGAGGGUCAUGUCAGGCUGUACCCCGCCAGCCGCUGCACAUCACAGCAUCUGCAUAACAAAACUGUCACUAACAACAUGCUGUGUGCUGGGGACACGCGAAGUGGAGGAGCCCAAGUCAACCUCCACGAUGCCUGCAAGGGUGACUCAGGAGGCCCCUUGGUGUGUAUGAAGGACAACCGCAUGGUUUUGGUUGGCAUCAUCAGCUGGGGCAUUGGCUGUGGGCAGAAGGACCUUCCCGGUGUAUAUACCAAGGUAGUGAAUUACCUCGAUUGGAUCCGAGACAAUAUGCAACCAUAACUGAGAACACCCAAUUUCUGGGCAUCCUGCCUGCCUCCUCUUCAGAAGACACUCCAAGGUGGCAUGCGGCUUUCACAGAUUUCUCCAUGAGCUAUCACACAGUGCCAGUGGGGGAUGGGUGGAGAAUCAGUGGGAGACGGCAGAAGAUAUAUUUUCAUAGGUACUUCCCAUUUUGGAAGUGUUUAGGGCUUCAGGUCUCAAUUCAGAAUGUGUAUUAGACACUAAUCCCUCCAGGAACACUGCUGUCUGCUAGGGUAGAUGAGAGGUGCACCAGCCCAACCUCCCUGUGGAAAUGGAGCUACACAGAUAAAAAGCAUGUCUCCAGAGUUAAGAUUAACUAGAUCUUUCGAGAAGGACUGCAAUAGAAACAGAAUGUCUAUUUAUGAUGGCAAGGAAGCCGAGACCCCCUGUUAAGGACGGCUGGCUGGCCAGCUCGCUUUCCUCAGCAUUGACCUUUAAGUCCAGUAAAUAGGUGGCUUUCCCUUUCUCUGUAGUUGUCAGAAGGGAUUCCUACUCUGUACAGUGUAAAUCUUUUUUCCUUUAAAGUUUCAUAAUAAAAUGGUAUCAUUGUUAUAGCUGCUAAACUAGGUUUUAGCAUAUUUAUGGCAAUCUAUUUUAGUUUUUCCUGUUCUCACAAUGCUGUACUAUACUGUCCUAAAAUAAUAAAUUCUGAUAUAUUUUCCACA